AUGCGCCUCUUGAUCUUGGGAGGGACAGGCCCAAGUGGCAUCGCACUCAUACGAAAGGCUCUCGAGGUCUACCCAGAGGGGACUGUAGUCGCAUAUGCACGGUCGCCCGAGAAGAUCCCAGAAGACCUACAGGCCAACGCCUUAGUAGUGAUCAUUAAGGGUACGCUCGAGGAGCUCGACAAGGUUGAGCAAGCCCUCGACGCCGUCGACGCCGUCGUCUCGGCCCUCGGCCCACUUCCGAACCAGCCCCCAGGCAACCCGAUAGCGACUUUCUACGGGCACCUCAUCGAGCUUCUGUAUAAGCACAGGAUCCUGCGCUUCCUCGCACUCGCGACCGCCUCGCACCCAGACCCGCACGAUAAACCGAGCUGGAAGUUCGCCGCGCUCGUCACGGGCGUGCGUACCCUGGCACGCAACGCGUACUCCGAGAUCGUGGCCAUCGGGCAGGUGGUGACGACGAAGGGCAAGGACCUGGACUACACGAUCGUGCGGGUGCCGUUCUUGACGAAUGCAGAGACGGAGAACGUGGUUGCGGGAUACAUUGGCGAUGCGAAAAUUGGGAUGAUCCUGACGAGGAAGGCGUACGCUGCAUUUUGUAUUGCGGAGCUUGAAAAGAGGGAGUGGGUGAAGACGGCUCCCAUGAUCUGCAAUGCUGCCUGA